AGGUUAAAUGUCGAAUUACAAGAAUGUAACUCUUUUGUCCAUUAAUUUAAAGAAGUGCAUGAUUGGAACGUAAAAAUUCAGAACACAUUGUCCUUCAGUUAUAUUUUCUAAAUGACAUUCAACACUGAUUAUAAUGUUUAUAGAUUGACUUGAAAAACUAGAAUAGAUAGGGGUUAUUUUAAACAAUUGCUCAAAAAUUGAAGUUUGAAAGCUCAUAACUUUUGUAUUUUUUUAUCAUUCUGCGAAAAAAAAACACUGAAAAGUAGUCAGAUGUGUUCUCGAUAUAUUUAUCGAAAAUUCUGUAAAAAAAAAAUACCUGUAGAAAAUCGUUUAUCUCCUAUUUUGCUAGAAGUUCCAUCUUUUGUUCAGAGUAGCCAUAUGCAGCGUUAUUAUGAAUAUGUUACCGAAAUAACGGUAAAUCCAAUUUUAUUAUAUAUUACUUAAAUUAUCAUGCGAAAAAAAAAAUGAAUUAGUGAUUCUUUUGGCACUGAACAAAGCGUCUUUUACUCUAAUAUUUUCUGAUGAAGUUUUACAAGUUUCCAUACGUAUUGCACAUCUUUAAAACUUCGAGAAGAGGUGGAAGGUAGACAGAAUAAACAGAACAGAACAAACAGAGUCGAAGACAAAUACAUGAAUCAAAACUGACAUCUAUCUAGCAAUAAAAAACGAUCAUUUUUAUGUAGCCUCCAUGAUUAAAAAUGAGUGGUACAUUUUUUACCAUUGCAAAUGAUAGAUAUUUAUUUAUUACUUCAUAGGUAUUCGAUUUUGAUAUUAUUGGUUGUAUACCACUGUUUUUUUUUUACAUAUGAUUAGUAUUUAUUUUUUUGUUUCCAAUGCAUGAAAUUAUUGUUCGUCAGUACUUAAAUGCUAUCAUGAAAAACCAUCACGAUGUAUUCGUAUUUCUAUAGGUUUACGAAAAGUAAUUCAAAAAGUAUUUCUAAAUAUUAUUCAUUAUUGAUGCUUAGUAACAAGGAUCAUUCAUUUGGUAGGAAUACAAAAAAAUAUGGCAAUAAAGAUUAUUGUUUUAAUAGUGUUUUGAAUAGAUAAAAUGUUUGUCGUGUACUAUCUAUUGAAAUAUUCUGUAUAUAUAACAAAUACAUUCUUAAUCAUUUUUCUGAAGAUUUGAUAAUUCGCACAAAUAUUUGUUUUCUUUUUAGAUCAAUUUUCUUAUUUAAAGUAUAAACAUGACAUCAGUUCGUCAAUUUAAAAUAAAAGAUCUUUUACGAAUCAAUAAUGUGUAAGUACAAUGAAAGAUAUUAUUUUAUCAAUGAAUAUUGUUAGUUAUUCGUUUGAUUUUUAGUAAUUUAGAUAUUUUCACAGAAAACGUAGGUUUGUAAAUAAAAAAUAAAGAUAAAUAUAUGGAAGUUCGUUUAAUAAUCUUUAGUAUGGUCUUUCAUUCUAUUUACAUUAUUUGGCAAGAUGGCCUGAUUGUUUUUUUAUUGCAGAAAAUUCUGCUCACAGACUAAUGGGAUAUAUCAUGGGAAAAAUUGAAGGUAAACAAGAUAAUUAUCAUGGUCAUGUUACUGCUUUAUCAGUGGCGCCUGAAUUUCGUCGUAUUGGAGUUUCAUCACAACUAAUGGUAUUAUUAGAACAAGUUUCAGAACAGAAAAAAACAUAUUUUGUUGAUUUAUUUGUUCGUGUAUCAAAUAAACGGGCUGUUGAUAUGUAUCACAAAUUAAAUUAUGUUGUCUAUCGACGUAUAAUUGGUUAUUACUCAGGAGAACGAGAUGAAGAUGCAUUUGAUAUGAGAAAAGCUUUAUCAAGAGAUGUUGAUAAAAAAUCUAUAAUACCAAUUCCACAUCCUGUAAGACCAGAAGAUCUAGGCGAUGAUUAA